CUCCGCGCAACAGCUCCUCUCCGCCGUCGGACGCAGCAGCGCGCAGGGCAAUGCCAGAGCCGCAGCUUUAACCCGCACGUCUCUCACUUCUCAAACCCUUCAGUGGGGACACACCGACGCCUCCUUUCCAACCUCCUUCCAUUUUUCGGACUAAUCUCACCGUUUGACCCUCCGAAAUGCCCAACAUCGUGCUUUUCAGCGGGAGCUCUCACCACGACUUGUCCCAGAAGGUGGCGGAUCGGCUCGGACUGGACCUGGGGAAAGUCAUCACCAAGAAGUUCAGCAACCAGGAAACAUGUGUGGAGAUCGGGGAGAGCGUACGCGGCGAGGACGUGUACAUCGUGCAGAGCGGCUGCGGCGAGAUCAACGACAACCUGAUGGAGCUGCUCAUCAUGAUCAACGCCUGUAAGAUCGCGUCGUCGUCCCGGGUUACCGCCGUCAUCCCCUGCUUCCCCUACGCCCGCCAGGAUAAGAAGGACAAGAGCCGCGCUCCCAUCUCGGCCAAACUGGUGGCCAACAUGCUGUCUGUCGCCGGGGCCGACCACAUCAUCACCAUGGACCUCCACGCUUCACAAAUCCAGGGUUUCUUCGACAUAGCUGUGGAUAACUUGUAUGCAGAACCAGCUGUUCUGCAGUGGAUAAGGGAGAAUAUUCCUGAAUGGAAAAAUUGUAUAAUUGUGUCUCCAGACGCUGGAGGAGCCAAACGUGUAACUUCCAUCGCAGACCGUCUCAAUGUGGACUUUGCCCUCAUCCACAAAGAGAGGAAAAAGGCCAAUGAAGUGGACCGCAUGGUCCUGGUGGGAGACGUCAAGGACCGAGUGGCCAUUCUGGUGGACGACAUGGCCGACACCUGCGGCACCAUCUGCCACGCCGCAGACAAGUUGAUCGACGCUGGAGCGGUGAAGGUCUACGCCAUCCUCACACACGGAAUCUUCUCAGGUCCUGCCAUCUCUCGCAUUAACCAGGCCCCGUUCGAGGCCGUGGUCGUGACCAACACAAUCCCACAGGAGGAGAAGAUGAGGGCGUGUCCUAAAAUCCAGGUAAUCGACAUCUCCAUGAUCCUGGCAGAGGCCAUCAGGAGAACCCACAACGGCGAGUCCGUGUCCUACCUCUUCAGCCACGUUCCUUUGUAAAGUGUAAGGUACCAGCCCUGCCCCCAUCCUGUGGGGGGCGCACCACCUCCACAGAAGCCCUCGAGGGCCACGUAUGUGACUGUAAACAUCAUAUCCACACCGGGAAACAGAGCAGAUCUCUUCCUCCUGAAGAUGAUUUUGUAUUUAUGAGUUCAUUCUUUUGUAUUGUUUUCUUAUGUUCAGCAUGAUUCUUUGCUGAUUUGGCCUUCACUUUGAACCAAAGGCUCUUUAGUCUUGUCUGCGCUGACCUUAUGCUUGAAACAUUCUUUUCUUUGUAUCAUGUUUGGAAAGAAAUGAUACUUCCCUGAAUAAAAGAAGCCUCAUUUGACUGCGCACCUUUCCCCCUAAGAUUCGCUUGGCCAUUAAAAUAAUAAGUUGAGUUAUAUACUAAUACCAAUAUAUAUUGAAGCUCUAUGUUUAUGCUUUCUUAACUUUUCUUAGGCCCCUCCUGGUUAAAUCUUAGAACAAUCCCAUGUCGUCUUCUUUUUAGUACUGAGCCUAACCAGAAUGUGCCGAAUACAAAGCUGCUAAUAGUAACGCCUAUUCCACAACCCUAACCUACAAACUUAAGUUCUUAAGUUGUGUAAAAAAAACAUGGACAGGUUUGUGCCUGAUUCAGUACGAGGUAGUAGUGGGUCCUCCAUCCACAUUCCAAAAGGUCAUUAAAACUAAUUGAGCCUGAACUUUGGCUUGGAGUGUUCAAAUCUCACUUGUGAUUUCAGCUGAAGUCACUGAAGUGGUGUAAUUGUCAGUCGUAACGGGUCACUUUUGUUUCACUGAUGCCACUGUCUGCCUGAAGGUGAAUUCAAGAUGGUGGAAUAUCAUGAUUAUUUUUUAUAUGUAACACUUUAAACUGUUUCUUUGACAAUAAAGCUUUGACAGUUGCUUACAAA